GUUCCACAAUCACCAUCGAUUCCGAUAUCGAAUUCUUUCUGUGUUCUUCCACUUUCGCUAUCCAUGUCCGAUUUCAGUCCACUCUAGGGUUUCAUCCACCACAGAAUGGUCGAGAAACCGCCGACAAGGCCUCUCACGCCGCAGGACUGGGAAGCCUUGAUCGACGACUUCCAGUACGGAGGUUCCCGCCGCGAGAAAUGGAGCUCCCUCUACCCAACCCCUGUACUCCUCGACCUCGCCUUCUCCUCCCUCCUCCGGAAGGACUUCCCUCUCAAGAUCCCUCUCCUUGUCUUCCUCGAAGAGUUCUCCCUCACGCUUUUCAACGAUCCCGUGCAUUUGGACCGUCUCGUCGAAUUGCUUACAGUCAUCGUCCAAUCUCCCCUCGAUAACAUCCACAUCACCUACGCUUUGAAGGAGCAGAUGAUGGUGUCGGCGACCUCUAUCUUGAUCUCGAUCAAUUCGUUUGAGGAGUUUGACGUUCGUUUUACGGAGAAUGUGGUGGAGUUGUUGCUGGCUGUUAUCAAUAGAACAAAUCCUGGAUCCGACCGCCAUACCAGAGGUAUUGCGUGCGAGUGUUUGCGAGAAUUGGAGAAAUCUUACCCUUGUUUGCUAUCUGAUGUUGCUGGUCAUUUGUGGAGCUUGUGCCAGAGCGAGCGUACUCAUGCUUCUCAGAGUUAUAUUUUGUUGUUCGCGACUGUGAUUUACAAUAUUGUGAAUCAGAAGCUAAGUAUUUCGAUUUUGAAUACUUCUGUGCCUUUAGUUCCGUUUUGUGUGCCUCAAAGGAUGCUGGGAUCUAGUUCUGGAUUGAAUAAGGAGGUUUCUGGGUUGAACUAUAAGGAGUUGAGAAGAGCAAUGGCGUUUUUGUUGGAGUGGCCAAGGGUUAUGACGCCUUCUGGGAUGAUGGAGUUUAUGGCAAUGAUAAUGCCGAUAGCUGUGGCCUUGGAGUUGCAGGCCUCUAUGUUGAAGGUGCAGUUUUUUGGGAUGAUUUAUUCCUUUAGUCCUGCUUUGUGCCAUACUGUUUUGAUGAUGUAUUUGCAUUUCUUUGAAGCCUUUGAUGGGCAAGAGUUAGAUAUAGUAAGAAGACUUAUCUUGGUUUCACGUGAAACACAGCAAUUUUUGGUAUUUCGCUUGCUUUCAGUCCAUUGGUUACUAGGUUUGUUGAAUAAGUUGGUAUUGGAUGGAGAGAUUGGGAAGAAGAAGUCAAUUGUGGAUAUGGGUUUUUUAUUUUAUCCAACCGUGUUUGAUCCACUUUCAUUGAAAGCACUGAAGUUAGAUUUACUUGCUUUUUGUUCCGUUUGUUUUGAAAUGUUGAAAGACAAAAGUGUGUCAGGAGAGGUUAUCGGGGAUGGGAAUCCUGCAGUGAAGCUAUUUGAAGAUGGUCUGUUUUCUGUUUCGGCUUUCAAAUGGAUGCCUUCAUGGAGCACAGAAACUGCAGUUGCAUUCCGUGUGUUCCAUAAGUUCCUGAUAGGUGCAUCUUCUCAUUCUGAUGCUGAUCCUUCCACCACUAGAAUUCUCAUGGAGUCCACCAUCUUUCGUACUUUAAAGAAGAUGCUAGUGGAUCUGAUGUUAGAGUUUCAAAGAUUGGUUCCAGUCACUGUUGCUUUCAUUGACCGCUUAUUGGGCUGUCAAAGGCAUUGUUGGUUGGGAGAGAGCUUGCUGCAAACUAUUGACAAUAAUUUGCUUCCAAGAGUCACUGUAGAUUAUAGAUUAGUUUCUUAUAUCCCAAUUUUGGACAGGAUUGCUGAGAAUGACACCAUACCUCCUCAUGGAUUGUUAGACUUGCUUACCAAAUUCAUGAUCUUUCUCGUCGAGAAGCAUGGCCCAGAUACUGGAGUUAGAUCUUGGUCUCGGGGUAGUAAGGUUCUUGGCAUCUGCCGAACUAUGCUGAGUCACCAUCAUAGCUCUAGGUUGUUCCUUGGUUUAUCACAUCUUCUUGCAUUCACUUGCCUUUACUUCCCAGAUUUGGAGGUUCGUGACCAUGCAAGGAUCUUCCUGCGCAUGCUAAUUUGUCUACCAGGAGCAAAGCUAAGAAGCAUACUGAACCUUGAAGAGCAAAUGUGUGGCAUUUCACCUUCUCCACAAUCAUUCUUCAAUGCUCAGACUCCUCGAUAUUAUGAUGAUCUCAAGAAAUCUGGGGGUAUCGCAUCCUACAUCCACCUUGAGCGGGUGAUACCACUGCUCGUUAAACAAUCUUGGUCAUUGUCUUUGUCACCUUUAGGGGUUGGUAGUACCAAAUUAGGUUUUCUGGACAGUAUUAGGGACAAUGAAGCCUCAAUGGAUGAAAUGGAACUCGAUAACAAUCUUCAAUUGCAGACUUUGUCAGAAACUGAUAGAAUGGUUCAGCCACAGGAGCCACUACGUGUGAUGGAUUCAAAAGUGUCUGAGAUUUUACAAAUACUAAGGAGGCACUUCUCAUGCAUUCCUGAUUACAGAUACAUGCCAGCUCUGAAAGUUAAAAUACCCUGCAGUCUAAGUUUUGAAUCCGAGCCUUUUAAUCAUGUAUGGGGAGGAGAGUCUCCUAGAAGUGGGUUAGAGGGAGUAGAUGCUCUCCCUGCCAUAUAUGCUACUGUGCUCAAAUUCUCAUCUUCUGCAUCUUAUGGAUCUAUUCCAUCAUGUCACAUACCUUUUCUUCUUGGCCAACCUUCUCGGAGCACUCAUUUUUCUGGUCAAACAGUUUCAUUAGAUAUUGUGCCUCUGGAAAAUGGUUCUGGAGAUGAUGAAACCUAUAAAGCUCCUCUAACAAUUGAAUUGGAACCGCGUGAACCAACACCUGGGCUGGUUAAUGUUUUGAUUGAAGCAAAUGCAGAAAAUGGUCAGAUCAUCCAAGGUCAGCUGAAGAGUAUCACUGUUGGCAUAGAAGACAUGUUCCUUAAGGCCAUAGCUCCCUCAGACAUUGCAGAAGAUGCAUUAGCUGGUUAUUACUCUGAGUUGUUUGACGCCUUGUGGGAUGCAUGUGGUGCUUCUUCCAACACUGGACGGGAGACUUUUCCAUUGAAGGGGGGCAAGGGGGUUGCAGCAAUCAGUGGGACCAGAUCAGUCAAACUGCUUGAGGUUCCAGCAGACUCUUUAAUUCAGGCUACCGAGCACUACCUGGCACCAUUUGUCGUAAGUGUAGUUGGUGAGCAGCUAGUUAGCAUACUGAAGGAUCAAGGAUUCAUUAAGGACAUCAUCUGGAAAGAUUCAACCCCAGAUUCUCUCCUUGAUGCAACUACCUCUGUUGCUGAAUUUGGUAGAGGCCUCCUCCAGCUUACUUACACUGGUGAUGAUGAUAAAGACGAGAAGGAAAGUCAUCCAAGUAUUACUGGAAGAAAAUUGGGUUUCAUUCAUGUACUGAUCUUCCUCCCUCCAAGGUUCCAUCUCCUGUUCCAAAUGGAAGUAUCUGAUAUUUCAACUUUAGUUAGAAUUAGAACUGAUUACUGGCCCUGCUUAGCAUACAUCGAUGAUUAUUUGGAAGCAUUGUUUCUGUCGUAGAAGAAUCAAGAGUGGUGCAGUUACAACUUGCACUGAGAAGAAGAUUAAUUUCUCAGCCACAUCUCUUGAUACUCAGCAAAUUUCUUCUAGAUUCUUUGCCUCAUAGUUUUGGAAAAAGGGAAUUCUUUUUGCACCCGGAAUAAUUUGUUGCUGAUGUGAAUAUCUCUACAAGCAUUUUGCUUGAUCUUAUAUUGAAAAUUCAAGAAAUGCAAUAUCUUUUUGGCAUUUUCAUUGUCAGGUGUCAACUGUGACAGAUUUUUUGCCUGAGCUCAUUAGUAUACUUUUAUAUCAAUACUCAUUUUCAUGAGCUUAUAUAUGUCUUCCUGUUGUUGUUUUAACUCAGUUGACACUACACUGAUUCUCUAGCUGCCUCUGUUUCUUUGAAGACUGAAAAUCUAGAAGGGUGGUUAAUGUGAGGAAGAACUAUGUUGGGCAGUGUGGGAUAAAACUCAAGAAAGCAAUAUUAUUAAU